AAUGUCGUCGGCUCGUGGCUUGUGUCAAACUCGCUGAAUUAACCUCACCAAACUUUUUGCUCUGGACAAGCGACAGUCGAUGUCGACGUGCGAGACACAGUGUGUCCGGUGUGACGUUACGUGCCGUUACGCGACGAGGAACGGUGACGCGCACGAAACGACAUCAACGGAUACGACGAGGACGACGACGACGAGGAGGAAGCAGUGGCGCGGAAUCGCGACCUCCACGUGAGCCGCAGCGAAGAUCCUCCGUCGAGCUCGACAGAAACGAUAUAACGGGUUGGAAUAUAAUCUUCGCAGAGGCAGGAAAAUGUCCAGCACCAAAGUCAUAGAGAAUCCAGAAGUGCCAGGACUCGAAAGCUUUCUGCCACCACCUCCGCCACCGCCGCCACCGCCACCACCGCCUCCUCCGCCACCGCCACCGCUAUCUUCUGCAAACAAAUCCUCAAACAGCAAUGCACAAUCAACAACGACGCAACCGGCAACAAGCGAGAACAUGAUGAUAGUCACCCCGGUGGCGGUUGCGACUGAUGGAACGUUCCCGGCGAACUCCAUUCCACCAAGUCCAUACAUGUUACAUCCAACAAUGCAACCGCAAACUCCUGGACAGCAGUCAACCCAGCCUCCGUGGUGGAUACCGACCGAUAGUGAUAUUUCGGAAAUUUAUACCCCAUGGUAUGAUCCGACUUACAAGGGUUCAGCUACUGCGCCAGUAGCAUCUCCCGCAGUAGGAACAAUAAAGAACAAGAGCAAAAACUUUUACAAACGCAAAAACGAGUUUAUAGAUCCAGCACAGGACGCAGAGAAAGUGGCGAGCGCACAGAGGGAAUUAUCAGCGUUGAUGAAACCGCUCAAAUGUGAUCUGUGCAAUGCAGUCAUGAACUCUACGUUACAAGCGAAACUACACUAUGACGGCAAACCGCAUCAGAAAAAAGUAUCGAUGUUUCUCAAUCAGAGCGUUAAAAAACAGAAAACGGAAGACGGCCAAGUGAGCAGUACGACCAAUAACGACUGGCAAAACUACUGUGAUAUAUGCAAAACGUGGUUUACGUCGCAAACUGAUGCCACGCAACACUACGCGGGCAAAAAGCACAUUAGGGCGGCGAACGGCGGACCUCGCGCGAGGCCAUCAAAGAAGCUGUCAAGUCAAAACCAAUAUAGUCAAGUGGAUUCGACAGGUCGCUUCGGAAUUGGAAUGGCCUUUCAGACGGACAUGCAAUCCGCCCCGGUUGUGACACCGAUUGUAUCUGAUAGUAUAGCUACUGUGCCGAAUCCAGCUGCGGUACCAUCAUUGUACACGUCACCACCGUACCCUACGCCAUUGCGUUGCGAUUUAUGCGGAGUCUCAGCUAAUCGUCAGGAUCAGUUGGAAACACACAAACGUGGAGCCCGACACUUUAAGAUGCUCAGGCUCAAUGGACUCCCUAUACCUGAACCUGUUGAAAACGAGAACACGUCUAGCAUCGCGGAACCUAUAGAUUAUUCUAUUUAUCGGACACCAUCAGGACAGUAUUACUGCGCACCAUGCAAUCUAUCGUUAAACUCGGAGACCACGUUCGCUCAGCACGUCGAAAGCAAGAAACACAAAAAUCAAGCUAACCCAAAGUCACCCAACACCGCGGUGGCGGCAAAGAAAGCCAGAUUCAAGAAAAAAUAAAACCGUGACAAUGAUAUUGCUUUCUAAUACAAUACCACAGCGUUGCAAUUCUCUUUUUGUUGUUU